UAAAAUCCCACAAUAAUAACGCAAUUGAGACUUACCAAACUCAAAUUAUUUCAAAGCAAUCUAAAAUUAAAUUGUCACAAAUUCUUACUAUCUAGGCAAAUUAAAAAAAAAAAAUCAAAUUAACAAAAUCUGUUAAGACAGAAAAAACAAUUCAACAAGAUAUACAUCUCUAUAUAAAGGUGACUUAGUUUGUCUAAAAUCAUUACACAAAACCAAGAAAAAAUAUAUAAGUUUCAGAAAAUUAAAUAAAUAAAAUAAUUCAAAAAAAAAAAUGUCUCAACAGAAAACUAUUGUGAUGUUGGUAGCAGUUAUGAUGCUGUUGUCCAACAAAGCAUAUGCAACAAGCUACAAUGUUGGUGACUCUUCGGGCUGGGCUUUUGGUAUUGCGGGCUGGGAAAAUGGAAAGAGUUUUAAGGCUGGAGAUUCCUUAGUAUUCAACUACGGUGCGGGUGCACAUAACGUAGUUGUUGUGGAUAAGGCGAACUACGAUUCAUGCAGUGUGCCAGCAAGUGCACCAACAUAUACUUCAGGCCAAGAUAAUAUUGUUCUUAACAAAGGAGCUAAUUAUUUUAUUUGUGGAUUUAAUGGCCAUUGCCAGGCUGGCAUGAAGAUUGCUGCUAAUGCUUCUUAAUUACUUCCCUAAUUACAAUAUUCAUUAAUAAUAACGUGAUUAGUGAUGAUAUAUGAAUAAACAACACAGCU